CACACUCCUCAUCUCUUGCAUCUCUCUGCCUUGGCUGAAUUCUAAGGCAGAGAGGCCCUGCCUCAAAACAUAUCAUCGUCAAAAUGGUUUUCCAAGAUUUUGAUCAACUAUCAGAGCGAAGAAGAUUAGAAAGGCAGCAAAAACUCAGAAAGAAAAUUAUCAUUGGUUCGGUUUCAAGCAUUGCCUUCUUUGUUAUAGUUGGUGCUGGAGUUUUUGCCCUUGUUUCUAAUCAGAAUAUUAGCAGCCCAGGAAGCAAUGGAGGAUCAUCAUCAACUGUAUCUCAGCCUGUAGAAUCCGCAAAACCGACUUCGCAUGUUGCAAGGGUUAUCAAGACUGUAUGUAAUGCUACCACUUAUCAGGAUACAUGCCAAAACACUCUCGAGAAGGGGGUGGGAAAGGACCCUUCUUCAGUUCAACCCAAGGAUCUUCUCAAGAUAGCAAUCAAAGCAGCCGAUAAAGAGAUAGAGAAGGUUUUAAAGAAAGCCUCCUCGUUCAAAUUCGACAAGCCACGGGAGAAAGCGGCAUUUGAUGAUUGUCUAGAACUCAUUAAGGAUGCAAAAGAAGAAUUGAAACACUGUAUUGACCGUGUUGGUAAUGAUAUAGGAAAGCUGACUAAAAAUGCCCCGGACUUGAACAAUUGGCUGAGUGCGGUCAUGUCUUACCAACAAACUUGCAUUGAUGGAUUCCCCGAAGGGAAAUUGAAAUCUGACAUGGAAAAGACCUUCAAGCCAGCCAGAGAGCUUACCAGCAAUUCCCUUGCAAUGGUCUCAUCAUUGGCUUCAUUCCUGAAAAACUUCUCCUUUUCCGGAACACUUAACCGUCGCCUUCUGGCUGACGAAUACAAUUCACCCUCACUGGACAAGGAUGGCCUUCCUGGAUGGACGAGUCAUGAGGAUCGGAGGAUCUUGAAGGGUGCUAAUCAAGACAAGCCAAAACCACAUGUUACUGUGGCAAAAGAUGGUAGUGGAGACUUCAAAACUAUUUCUGAAGCAUUGGCAGCCAUGCCCGCAAAAUACGAAGGACGGUAUGUUAUCUUCGUUAAACAAGGAAUUUACGAUGAGACCGUGACAGUGACGAAGAAGAUGGUAAAUAUCACCAUGUAUGGUGAUGGAUCACAAAAGACCAUUGUGACAGGGAACAAAAAUUUUGCUGAUGGAGUUCAGACUUUCAGAACUGCAACUUUUGCGGUGUUAGGAGAAGGAUUUUUGUGCAAAGCUAUGGGAUUCAGAAACACAGCAGGUCCAGAGAAACAUCAGGCUGUGGCCAUCAGGGUCCAAGCUGAUCGUGCAAUAUUCCUCAACUGUCGUUUUGAAGGAUACCAAGAUACUUUGUAUGCACAAACUCACCGCCAAUUCUACAGAAGCUGUGUCAUUACCGGGACUGUUGAUUUCAUCUUUGGGGAUGCGGCUGCUAUCUUCCAGAACUGUCUUAUUACUGUCAGGAAACCAUUGGAAAACCAACAAAAUAUUGUUACAGCCCAGGGUAGGAUCGACAGACAUGAAACUACAGGAAUUGUUCUUCAAAAUUGUCGCAUCGAGCCAGACAAGGACUUGGUUCCUGUGAAGACCAAGAUCAGGAGUUACCUUGGAAGGCCCUGGAAAGAAUUUUCAAGAACUAUUAUCAUGGAAUCAACAAUUGGUGAUUUUAUUCACCCUGAUGGAUGGCUACCAUGGCAAGGAGACUUCGGGCUCAAAACUCUUUAUUAUGCAGAGUACAACAAUAAAGGAAUUGGUGCCCAAACAAAUGCUAGGAUCAAGUGGCGUGGCUAUCAUAUCAUUAAGAAAGAAGAGGCCAUGAAAUUUACCGUUGAGACUUUCUAUCAAGAGGAUUGGAUUAGCGCUACAGGCUCCCCUGUUCGCCUUGGCUUGUAAUAGAGUAAAUUAAGCUCCAUUAAACCUUACUCUAUUAGUUUGUUUUAACUGAAGGUCCAUUUUUCUGUG